AUGCUGCCGGCCGCGCUGCUGGGGCCCCUGCUCUUCGCGGUGGCGUCGGCCUCGCUGCUCCCCCGCGCCGCCGCCGUGCUGCUGGCGGUGACCGCGGCGCUGGCGGUGCGGCUGUACCCGCGGAAGACCAUCGACCUGGGCUGGGGAGACCUGGCGGCGGCCUUGUGGUACUCAGGGAAAGAAAAGGAAUCCAGGCGCUCGCUGGAGGGCUCGAUCGCUGGCGCCUGGUCGCCACGAGGGGACGCGGUGGUGCACCUCUCCGUGCGUACUGGCCUGGACCUCCUGCUGAGGGCGCUCGAGCUGCCCAGGGGCUCCGAGGUCCUCUUCGUGCCGGGCAUCACCAUACCAGGCAUGGUGGAAGUCGUCGAGGCCAACGGCCUCGUGGCCGUGGGAGUCGACCCGCCCUCCGAGAGCCGCCUCCUCGUUGACGAGCUGGCUCCAUACCUCACCGAGGGCACCCGGGUGCUCGUGGUGACCCACCUGUUCGGGACCGUGUUCGAGGCCUCGGCGCUGAUCCGGGAGGCGAAGGAGAGCGCGGCCUCUUCGUCGUCGAGGACUGCGCGCAGGCCUUCCUGGGCGCCCCCGCGGCUUCGGUAG